CUGUAGUCAAUCGCUUUGUUUCGGGGAAGGCACAGAGUGUCAUCGUUCAUUUAGCGCUGGCGCAGCUGCACUGUACCUGCAGUUGCCACCUAGGUGCGCAAGGAUACACACUAUCUUCACUAACCCUCUAUUGGAUCUUCACCGAAAACAAUUUUUCAUUCCGGGUCAAUGAAUUUGAACGCUUGUCAGAAAUAAACCAGUGACACAAAAGAAAACAGAGCGAUGUUUUGAUCGCUGCCAAUUUGACUUCACAGGGAUGGGAAUUGCGCACUUUUGAUCACUUUGGAUGCAGUGAUCCCUCUACACUGUCACUCAACGUCGAGAAGUUGCCUUAACGCGCACACACACCUGAAAGUUCUUCAGAUCCUGCGCACCUCGGUUACUCAGUUGAUGCCGAGGAUCAUGACUAUGAACGGCGACCACCAGUCGGUCGCCAUAGCACCGCUGGAUCUGCGCACUACCAACCGAGAGCGUGGGAGCACCGGCUCGAGGAUUCCGGACGGCACGAGUCGCGUCAGGGAAGCUCGUGUAACAGGCGGUUCACCGGCACCCCCUGCGUGCACAGGGACGGACAGUUUGGAAAAGUGCUGCCCCGCAGCCAGAGACGCACUGCCGGGCUCAGCAACCGGUGCUUCUCGCAAACGACCGGCGGACAACUUUUCCAGCAACCUUCCCUUCAGGAAACGCUUUCAAGUCUCAAGCUUCAACGUUUCAACGCUUCAAGUCGAGCCAGAAACUCAAAGGCAGUCGCCGGCUCCAACACAAUGCAGAGACCGCUUCUCCCCUGCGGUAGAUACGGACUUAACAUUACGGGGAGAUUUUGCCGGUCGAGAUGAACGCAGAGUCGCACCAGUGAUUCCCAGGCUCGGUGAAGAGGCAGGACAGGGUCCAGAUGGAUACCCCAUACGCUUUUUGCCGUUUGCUUACGGUCCCAUCCCGCUGUAUGGCGUGCCCCCCAUCCUGGAGCUGAACCACACCCUGGCCCACCAAACUGAACACCUUCUGACCGCUAUCUCUGUGGCCACGCAUCAAGACGAGGAUGGAGACACAGCUCUCCAUAUAGCUGUGGUGCACGGGCAGCUGGCUAUCGUCUACAAACUGAUCCAACUCCUGCUGUUGGAUCGCAGAAGCCUUGAUAUCCACAACAACCUUCGUCAGACCCCCCUUCAUCUGGCAGUGAUAACCCAGCAGGCAAAAAUGGUGGAGACUUUGGUGAGAGAGGGGGCCAACCCCGCUGUCAUGGACCGUAACGGCCAAACGGCGAUUCACCUCUGCUGCGAAUACAACCAGCCUGACUGUCUGUCUAUUGUUCUGUCUUGCUUGUCAUCCCUCACAUGUCUGGAGAUCAGAAACUAUCAAGGUUUGAGUCCUCUCCAUCUAGCUGUGCUGCGUGGUCACAAAGACUUGGCCAGAAUGCUGCUGGAUGCAGGAGCUAACAUCAAUGCUAUGGAUAUCAAAAGUGGCCAGAGUCCUCUCAUGCAUGCGGUGGAGAGCAAUAAUGCAGACAUGGUCCACUUCCUCAUUGAGUGUGGCUGUGAUGUCAACAGCCAGUCAUACAGUGGGAAUACAGCCCUGCACAGCGCCUGCGGCCGAGGUCAGGUGGACACGGUGCGGCUGCUCCUGAAGAGUGGAGCUGACAGCAGCCUCAAGAACUACCAUAAUGACACCCCUGUGAUGGUGGCCAAGAACCAAAAAAUAGCAGAUGUGUUACGAGGAAGAGGCUCCAAUCAGAUAAAAGUUCAAGAUCAGCACUGUGUGUCUGUCUCACCUCAUGGGAGCAACUUGACAGAAAAUGGGUCCUCAUCUCCCAGCCACAGCCGUGGAUGUUCACCUUUGACUACACCACACGCCCCUCUUCACAACACCUCCCAACCUCCAAAGACUCCAUCUGCGCUUGUAUUGCCAUUUUCCUAGCUCACGAUAUCAUCCAGUGCGACUCGCAACUACCUCUGCGCAGCCAACUUACAGUGACUCGAGUGCUGAAAAGAACACAGAGAGGACAUCAAGCCAAUGAGAUGACAGACCAACGAAAAACAGAACCUGAAAUUAGGCUUCCUUAGAAGCUGGCCUUCUUUUCCUGGAUCCCACAAUUCCAUCACAAACACCAGUAAUAGUUGGUGUCCCCCCCCGUGGGAGUUGCUGGGAUGGUGAUACUGGGACAAAAGUGCCAAAAACAUGUCUGUUCAUCCAGUGGCUGCUGUGGGCACUUCCCCAAUGGAUGGUAGCAAACUGUUGACCUUACAAGCUGCUGCAGUGUUGAAUCGGAUUUCUCUACAUGGACCAGAAAUGUGCCACUUCAUACAAGCAAGAGAGAGCCUAAAGAACUGUUUUGAGACUGCCUAGAGAUGUCAGUAGAUGAUGGACCAAAGCUCAUUGAAGUUCACUUUUUAAAGUAUUUUGGUCUUUACUUUUUGAUAGAGGAAAGUAGAGACAUGAAAUGAAGGGAUAGAGAGAGGGGGAUUACAUACAGCAAAUGUCCCCAAAAGGACUUGAACCGUAAAUGUAUUGAUAACCUUAUUCUUUGAAAAAUUGUAUCCAUUUUGGUUACUGUAAGGUUUGACAAUGUAACUGCACCUGCUUAACAUUACUGUCAAAUGCCCUCUUUCUGCUAUUUUAAUAACCUAUCCACAGUGCGUUUAAGGUCUGUUUGUUUGCAUAUGUGUAUUGUUUUAUCACUGUCCAAAGAUGUAGAUAUUUUUUUAUAUAAAAUCUGAUUAACAGAU